AAAUCCUCCGCUGCCGCCCAAUUAGGGAGCGCGGGCCGCUGCCCCGGAAGCACAGGGGGUGCCCCGGGGCUGGGAGGCGCUGCCGGGAACCGCGGCCGUGCGGGGCCGGAGAGGAACGUUGAUCUUCAUCCUGAAGAAGACAUCACUUCCACGAUACUUUGACAUAGUCCCCUGAAAAUGAAGCAAGAUUCUACUAGAAAUGCUGCUUAUACUGUGGACUGUGAAGACUAUGUGCAUGUGAUAAAAUUCAAUCCAUUUGAUAGUGGAGAUGCAUGUUCCCUCAUUGCAUAUGGCGGCAAUAAUUACGUAGUUGUUGGGACGUGUAGAUUUCAGGAAGAGGAUGCAGAAGUGGAAGGCAUGCAGUAUAAGACACUACGAACAUUUCAUCAUGGAAUCAGAGUUGAUGCCAUAGCAUGGAGUCCAGAAACUAGACUUGAUGCUUUACCUCCCCAGAUAAGGUUUUGUACAGCAGCUUCUGAUAGGAAGUUAAGGCUAUUUACUUCAGACCUGCAGGACAAGAAUGAAUAUAAGAUAUUUGGUGGCCACACAGAUUACAUUAAUGAUCUGGUGUUUGCUCCCAAAGAAGGUCAAGAAGUUGCAAGUGUAAGUGAUGAUCACACUUGCAGAGUCUGGGAUUUGGAGGGAAAUGAGAAAGCCCAUUUUGUUUUACGUUCUCCUGGAAUGAGUGUGUGCUGGCAUCCUGAUGAGGCUUUUAAGCUGAUGGUAGCAGAGAAAAAUGGGACAAUACGGUUCUAUGACCUAAUUACGCAGCAGGCCAUUCUCUCCCUAGAGUGUGAACAAACGCCACUGAUGUCAGCAGAUUGGUGUUUAAAGAAUACUCUUAAAAUUGGAGCAGUUGCAGGAAAUGAUUGGCUCAUAUGGGAUAUUGCUCGCUCCAGUUAUCCACAGGAUAAGAGACCGGUCCAUGUUGAUCGAGCCAGAUUAUUCAGGUGGUCCCGAGUGAAUGAAAACCUGUUUGCAACCACUGGGUAUCCAGGAAAGACAACUACUCAACUGCUUGUUCAUCAUUUAGGACAUCCCCAGCCCAUUCUUACUGGUACUGCAGCUGUAGGAUCUGGACUGACAUGGCACAGAACUCUUCCAUUAUGUGCAGUUGGAGGAGACCAUAAAAUUUUCUUUUGGGUAACUGAAAUGUAGAAUAACCAUUUGCUUCCAAUAUUCAUACAUUUGACACUUUGUUACUUCCUUAAAAAUAUACACUUUAUAACAUGGUAUUUGGUGUGAAUUUGUUUUUUAAAUUUUAUAAAGAGAUUUUGUAUCUGACAGUCUCAG